UCUCAGAACUUAAUUGAUCUGAUAUAACUGUUAUAAAUAUUUUUGUUAAGUAUACAGUUUUUGCAUAAGAAAAGUUAGUAAUUUUUUUUGUUUUGUUGUGCCUAUGAAUUGCGUUCCCUGUAGAAAAUUCAACUUUCUUUUAUUUCAGAUUGUUCAGCACAAUUGUUAUUGAAGAAGAUGGAGCAGAUACAAAAACUGUUGUGCCUUCUCAUUGGGUUGACCCAUGUAAAAGUAUUGUGUUUUAUCCACCACGAGGACGGAAAACUGUUGCUGUUUAUCUAUCUGAAUGGGCAGAACCUGGGGUAGGCUGGCAAGAGUUUAAACUGAUAGAAUAUAUUCUUGAAGCUGGCAGCUAUGAAACUUGCCACACAAUGUUAAUGUUUCAAACAGAAGAUGAGGAUGAUGAUGUACCUAUUUCGAAAAAGUUUGAAAUAAUUGUUAAAGAAAGAGUUGCUAGUCCAAAACUUAAGCUUGGUGGAAUAAAAACAAAAUUUCAAUAUUUAGACGAACAUGAUGACGUUUCUAUUUCGAAAAAGUUUGAAAUUAUUGAUAAAGAAAGAUUGGCUAGUCCAAAACAUAAGCUUGGUGGAAUCAAAACAGAAUUUCAAUAUUUAGACAAACAUGAUGACGUUCCUAUUUUGAAAAAGUUUGAAAUUACCGAUAAAGAAAGAUUGGCUAGUCCAAAACAUAAGCUUGGUGGAAUCGAAACAGAAUUUCAAUAUUUAGAUGAGGAGAAAGUUGUUCCUAAAUUUCAAUAUGCUUUGUUCAUGGAUAUCCAGAAAAAUUUUCGCCAGAUCCAAGAUACGCAAGCUCAAAUCCUAGAUAGGCUUAAAAACAUUGAACAAAGUGGAGAUGUUGAUUUUAGUUUGAAUGUUGACGAUAUUGAAAAAGGACCAAUAAGUUCAAUUGAGAGAUUCGAUAUUAUUGAAAAUAUGUUAAAAACAAGCACAAAUGCAAGAAAACGCAAGGUUACUCAAAUUAGAGCAGUUGGAGGAGCGACUCCACGGAAAACGAUUAAAAAUGUUUUGAAUGCAGUCAUGACCCAAGGUAUUCAGGCAUUGUUUAGCAAGGACGGGAGAAAAGGAAAGAGAAAAUUUACAGACACUGCUCAUUAUAAAUGCAUAAAAGAAGUCGUUGUUGGUGACAAAAUUGGGUACGAUGCAAGCAGCAUCGAAGGUGCCAUUGGCGACAUAUUGAAACGAAAAAUAAAGUAUUUCCUAGAUUGUCUUUUUACGGAUCGUGGUGUUAAGAAAUUACCUUAUUUAGGAUCUAGUGAUAUUGGCUUUCAGAUGAUUAAAUUUAAACCUUACAGAGAAAUAGCAUCUCAGAUUACACUUCCCAGAGAGCUAAAUUUUGACUUGUUAUGGCAAGGUGGCUGGUUCUUCAGUUCCACUGAGAACUCGCAGCCAAACUGGUCAGGUUUUAUGCAACUAGUUUCUUCAAAUAAUUGA